UGUCGGGGGGAAGGCGACGGGGAAUGGGAAAGUCCGCUCUCGGGUCAGGGGUGUCAAAGAUGGCGGCCGCCGAGCGGGAGGACGGGCUGGGGAGAGAGAGCAUAAAAGAGAAAGCCAGGCUCCGCUUGAGGGAGUUCGAUGUCGGAGACAGAUUCUCCCACUUGCCGCUGCCCAAAGCCUCCGUCCUCCUGCCGCUGAUGGUGAGGGAGGGGAAGCUGCACUUGCUGCUGACGCUCAGGUCGAUGCAGCUGAGAAGAUCACCAGGGCAAGUGUGUUUUCCAGGAGGAAAAAGUGAAGCAAUUGAUAAAGAUGAAAUUGAUACUGCUCUCCGAGAAGCUAAAGAAGAAGUGGGACUCCAGCCAGAGAAGGUGGAAGUCAUCUGUAGGCUUGUGCCUGGAAUUGAUAAAAUGAAUCACUUGGUAACACCAGUUGUAGGAUUUAUAGAGGAUACAUUCCAGGCCACUCCUAAUCCAGAUGAAGUGAGCGAUGUUUUUGUUGUGCCAUUGGAGUACUUUGUCAAGCCCUUAAAUUACAAGACCUUGCCUUAUAAAACUUCAACUGGUUACUUAAGUCGGAUGCACUGCUUUAUAUAUGAUGACCAUGAACAUAAAAUGUCAUUCAAGAUAUGGGGACUUACUGCACACUUUGCUGUAUUUCUUGCUCUUGUAAUUUUUGGAAAGAGACCUACCUUUGAAGUUGAUUAUGAUCUUGACGACUUAAUUUCAUCCUCUGAGAAAAACUUCAUGAAUUUAUAUGCAUCCUUAUACAAAAGAAAGAAGAGUAAUCUAUGACAAACUGGUCUGGCAAUUUAUAUUGAAGGCGGAAAAGGGUUUUUGUUUAUUCCCUUUGUACCUAUGAUUUGUUUGAAUGUCACACUUGAACUUGUUCUGAAUUGGGACUUACUAAAAUUUAUUUUUAAAUAAUAUUUUUUAAGUUGACAAACCGUAACUAGAUGAUUCAUAUAAUUUUAAAUCUGUUUUAGAGUUGCCACAAGUACAUGGUAUUUUUGAUGGACUUUACGUACAGUUUUGGAAGAUCUGUUUCAGUUUCUGCCUUUGUUUUGUGUGAUCCAAGACACUUCCUGUGGUUUGCCUUCUGUAUAAUGAGAUAAUACUAUUUUAUCUGAUUUUUGUCUGUUUGAAUUAGAAUGUGAAAACUUUUGGGGGUCUGUCUGUCUGUCUCUUACUGUGUGGCAUACUACGUAUGGACAACAUAAUGCAUACAGUCUCAUGUGGUAUCUUUAAGCACUUACAAAAUACACAAUAAAAAUAUAAAAGGUG